CAUCACGGGGGGGAAUGUCCAGAUGUCCCCCAGGCUUUGCUUUGUCAGAGCGGGCAGUUGCUCGUAGGGCUGGAGCUGCAUCGUGCCUUCCCCGUCUGCACGCCGUCGGCAAAAGCAGCAACGCAACUUCCCCGCUCCCUUCACUCUGUCUCUGUCCCAUCUUCUUCACCCACACCGCAUUCACAUCUCACCACCAUGCAGUCCGUCCGCGAGCUGGGCCCCGUCUCGAUUGCGUGUCCACCGCCCAAUCGCGCCACAAGAGGGGGCAGCAUGGCCACCAAACUUUCCCGCCAGGGCUCCACGUUUCUUCGACGUUUUGGGUAUACGAAUCCUGACCUGCAGCCGCGACAGCCGCUACGCUGCACGCAUGCCCACCCAACUGGCUCGCGCAAUAAGCAUGGAAAAUUGAAUUUUUCAGCUUCCAAGAAAUCGAGGCAAUUCCUGACGAAAGGAUGGAGUAAUGGGAUGUGCGUGGAUGUGUCCACGAUCGGACAUUGCCUUGUGAGGCGACCGCAGAGAAUCGAGGCAAUGCACUUCCUGAUGAAUCGAUUGAGUAAUGCGAUGCGAUGUGCUGCAUGUCUGCACGUCAGAACAUCGCCUUCGACGCGACACUCAACAGCCACGCCGCAUCCGCCCACGCCCCUCCAGCAGCACCGCCGCCCCUCCCUUCACCGCCCUCGUCGUCCAGUCCAUCCACCCCUCCACCCCUCCUAAGCAGAUUCUCCUUCUCCUCUCUUCGCCUCUUCCUCUCCGCCUCCCUUCGUUCCAUCGCCUGCGCCUCCGUCUCCCCGUCCCCGGCACUCCUCCCUCCUCCCUCCUCCCCCUCCCACCCCUC